AUGAAAGUGCUCCAAGUCAUUAAUAAAGGCAAUGAUCAAUAUACUAUUUAUGACUUUGUAGAUAUGGAUUUGAUAUCCUUAAUCAAAGUCAAGAUACUCCAAACAAAACACAUACAAAUAAUAUUAUGCAAUAUUGUAACUGCUCUUUACUUUAUUCAUUCUGGAGGACUGGUUCAUCUGAGUUUGACCCCUUCUAAAAUAUUGGUUGAUUCUGAAUGCCAGAUCAAAUUGAUAGGGUUUGGAUUCUCUCAAUUACUUCCGAUUAAGGAUCCAAAAUACACAUGUUUGCAUUAUCUUCCACCAGAGAUCCUAUUGUAAGGGAAAGUCAACACAUCAGCAGAUAUUUGGUCAUUGGGCUGCAUUUUUGGAGAGAUGUUGUGUCAUCACCCAUUAUUUGUAGGCAAUUCCACUUUCAAUUAAAUCGAAAAGAUAGUUGAGCUUAUUGGAAAACCUAAUGAUACCAAUCUGAGCGAAUUAGCACCUUAUGUUCUCCAAGGCAUAUAGCCGGAUAGAAAGAAGGCAUUCACAAGCAUAAGUGACGAUUCAACUGCCAUUGAUUUAUUAAAGAGAAUGCUUGUUUUUGAACCACAAGAAAGAAUCACUCUAAUUGAUAUUUUAAAGCAUCCUUAUCUUAGUGAAUUCGCCAAUAAAUGGGAAUUAAAGAAAGCCAUUGCUCCCUUUUAAAUCGAAGAGAAUUCCUUCAAAGAAUUUCAGAAUGUCUUAAGAGAAAGAGGAAAGAAGGUCGAGUAGCCCUCUAUUAAUAAUUCUUUCAAUCAAUAAUUGGACACUAGUAGAAAGAAAUCAUUUAGAGAAUCCACUCCCAUUUCUGCGUUGAAAUAGAAGACGUCAACCAAGAUCAAAGUGAAUUCGCCUAUCCAAAGUCCUAAAUAUAUAGAAGUUAUAUUAAAUUGA